AUGGGCGCCAUGGGCAUCGUCGUGAGAGCGUGCGCGCCUCCCGCUCCCGCCGCGGCCGCACCCUCCGGCUCCAGGGACGCCGCCCAGGCCCAGCGGAGGAGCAAGCCCUCGAGGACUGCCCGCGUGCUCGUGCUCGGCGGCACCGGCCGCGUCGGGGGAUCCACGGCCACCGCGCUCUCCAGGCUCCGCCCCGACCUCGGCAUCCUCGUCGGAGGCAGGAACCGGGAGAAAGGCGAGUCCGUUGCAGCUAAGCUUGGGGGGCAGUCUGAGUUCGUCCAUGUCGAUACCCGCGACGCAGGCAUGUUGGAGCAAGCGCUGCAGGGUGUGGAUUUGGUUGUCCAUACUGCUGGACCUUUCCAGAGGGCGGAGGAGUGCACCGUACUGCAGGCAGCGAUAUCUACUAAGACACCAUAUAUUGAUGUCUGCGAUGACACGGACUAUUCUUGGAGAACGAAAGGCUUCCAUGAGCAAGCAAAAGCUGCUGGUGUUCCAGCUAUUACUACUGCUGGCAUAUAUCCGGGAGUUAGCAAUGUGAUGGCUGCUGAGCUUGUGCAUGCUGCCAGAAGUGAAAAUGGCGAACCUGAAAGACUAAGAUUCUUCUACUAUACUGCAGGUACUGGUGGUGCUGGUCCAACAAUAUUGGCAACAAGUUUUCUGCUUCUUGGGGAGGAUGUAAUUGCAUAUAACAAGGGAGAAGAAAUCAAAUUGAAGCCCUAUAGUGGAGCUCUGAACAUUGAUUUCGGAAAGGGGGUCAGAAAGAAAAAUGUCUACUUAUUGAAUUUGCCUGAAGUGAAGAGUGCUUUUAAGAUAUUAGGUGUGCCAACUGAGUUCUUGAGGGAUAGAAAUAAGGUUCAGAAGUUGGUUCAGUCUGUUGAUCCUUUGGUUCGAGCCGUUGAUGGUAUCGCAGGGAGAGCGUGUCUCUAUGAGAGUAGACUUGGACUGUUCAAAUGGCGAAUACUAUUGGAUUAUUUACUCAUAAAAAGCUAUCUGUGUAAAUCGGUGGGCUUUGCGACAGCUGCAUUUGCUUUAGCAGUUCUUGAGGGCAACACACAACCAGGAGUUUGGUUUCCAGAAGAGCCAGAGGGAAUACCGAUAGAAGCAAGGAAGCUGCUUCUUGAGCGUGCAUCUCAAGGGACAAGUAACUUCGUGAUGAACAAGUGA